AUGUCGCCAGUUCUAUCAACGCAGCUGCGAUGGCGGCGCGAUGCGGAAGUUACUUCCGAAAAACCUGCCGCAAAUGGCACUACACCAUCGCCCGCAUUAACAUCGUCGAAUCCUGUGACCUCUACGAAUCCGAGUGGUUCAUCAGAGAUGCCGCCUCCUGCAACCACUACCCAGGAGUCGAUUGUUGAAAAGACCGCUGAAAUCGCCCACAAGAUGAAUAUGGAGACAUGGCAGUUAGUAGCUAUUCUUGUCGGUGUGGCUGUUGUGGUGCUCGGUAUUUGCUUCUGUUGCAUUCGGCGAUGUUUCCGCAAACGACGAUCCAAGGAUGGGAAGAAAGGCAUGAAAGGAGUCGACUUCAAGUCCGUCCAACUAUUAGGUUCAGCUUACAAAGAAAAGGUUCAGCCGGACAUGGAGGAGCUCACAGAGAACGCUGAGGAACCUGAUGACGGAGAAGAGAAGAAAGAGGAACAGAAAUUAGGAAAACUACAGUACAAGCUUGAAUAUGACUUCAACAGUAACAGUCUGUCAGUCACUGUUAUACAAGCGGAAGAGCUACCGGCUUUGGAUAUGGGAGGAACAUCUGAUCCUUACGUAAAAGUUUACCUCUUGCCAGACAAGAAGAAGAAGUUUGAAACCAAAGUACAUAGAAAAACUUUGAACCCGGUAUUCAACGAGACGUUCGUUUUCAAGAGCGUGCCGUAUGCUGACGCGAUGAACAAAACUCUCGUGUUCGCUAUCUUCGACUUUGAUCGAUUCUCCAAGCACGACCAGAUCGGGGAGGUGAAGGUACCUCUGUGUCAGGUGGACCUCGCGCAGACCAUUGAGGAGUGGCGCGAGUUGCAGAGUGUUGAGGGUGAAGGAGGACAGGAUAACAAGCUGGGAGAUAUUUGUUUCUCUCUGCGUUAUGUACCAACCGCUGGAAAACUGACCGUUGUUAUUUUGGAGGCUAAGAAUUUAAAGAAAAUGGACGUCGGUGGUUUGUCAGAUCCGUACGUAAAGAUAGCACUCAUGCAAAAUGGCAAACGUCUCAAGAAGAAGAAAACGAGCAUCAAGAAAUGCACACUGAAUCCAUAUUACAACGAGUCAUUUACUUUUGAAGUACCAUUCGAACAAAUACAGAAGGUGAAUUUAGUCGUAACUGUGGUGGACUACGAUCGCAUCGGCACAUCUGAACCGAUUGGUAAGCCCGCGUCGCCCAAUCGCGCAAUGGCACACGCUCAAAGAUCCCGAAGAUGGAGAGAAGAAGGAUUAAAAGGCGGUAAAAAAGGAGCGUUCAAGUAUUACGUAACACAAUUUUGGGACAGGGGGGGGGGUCUCGUAAAACGUUACGAUGCCUUACAGGGGCGGGAGGGGGUGGCUCUUACAAAAAGUUACGUAGCAUAG